AUUUCAUUCAAGGAGCGCGAACGGUUAAGGGGCUACGAGAAAAUGGCGAAUAUGGAGUUUGGGUUUGCGGGUUACACUAUAUUGAUACUUUAAGCACUUUUAAAAACAUGUAAAUACGAUAAGUGUGUUGCUUUUAUGCCUUAUCCGAACGAUAAACUUGUAUGACUUACUGAAGCUGAUUUUUACUUAACGUUAAUGUGAGUCGUUUCAGCAAGCGUUAUCAUAGUUAGCUAGCGGAAUGAGGUUAGCACAGAAACAUAAUGUUAGUUAACAUCAACUCCCUUUGGUUAAGGUCGCUAACGUCGGCAUUGAUUACAUUUGAUUAAUACUGCCUAUCGCUGAAAUUUGGGAUCUGUGGGCACCCUGCGUCUGCAAUUCCCGGUAUGGCUUUACAUAAUUUGGUUUUUGUUAUCGAUGUGGAUUAUGGAGAUCACGAUUCGGGCGAUCAACUGGAUGUCAGGAGUCAUUUCGUGAAACGAGGAAUAUUAAACAUUCUCUUACAUUUCGGCUACAAAUAUGGAUUUGAGAAAGUGCGAUGGGGUUACAAGUUCUUUGACUCCAAGACUGGCCGCAACGCCAGUCUCAUAUCAAGAGUAUCUGAUUUCAAGGAGCUUCGGCACAAAACAUUUGAGGACUUUGAGCAAGAGUUUGAAGCCAAGUUUGAUGUGAAGGAGAAAGCGUGCCCAUCUCAACAGAAACAACGAUCAAAUCACUCGGUUUCGGUUCAAAAUGCACUUAAAGAAACCCUAUUGGACUUCCAGUGGGACAGACCAGACAUCACCUCCCCUGCUAAACUGUCCUUAAGGCCCAGGAAGUCGAGUCGUGGAGGAAAACCCAGUGUGUCACAUGAAGAUGACAUUUUAACUAACGAGAGGAAUGUGGUGUUUAUUGUCUCGCAGUGUCCACUUUCAAGGGCGCAGCUCGUGGACUACCUGUCUUUGAGAGACAGCCUUCCUACAGAUGUGACAGACCACGUUAUAUCCAAAGGACUUCAGGAUAUGCUGGUUCAGAGACAAGUUGUCCUCCACUGGAUUGACUGUAGAUCAUACGUCCAGGUUAUGAGGUGUGAGGACUAUUUUGGCUGUGACAAGCUGUCUGAGGUCCUAGCUCAGAUGGAUGGCAGAAUAAUCCCUGUGGUUGCACUGCUGAACCUUUGUAGCGCUCAACAGCCCAACUCAGGAUUCAUGAGGGAGUCUUUUGCAUUCAAGUCCAGCAUUGGAUACCUGUUGUCCUCUGAACGACACUACCGCCUGGCUUUUCCUGUUAUAGGAGGUGUCCUGCAGUGGCAGCAAGGUGAUGUGACACAGAGCUGUGGUGUCAUGCUGGAGCCAGUGACUCGGAGACAGAAGCUUCUCCCAGAAUCUGUCAAAAUGUCCUUAAAAGAAGUUCUGAGAGGCUGGGAUGCUUCAUCACUGAUCCAGACCUCCACAGAGUCGUGGGUGAUUCAUGGCUCCAGUAGUGGUGACCAGGGAGCUGCUGCCUUCCAGCAUCUCUUAAUGGAUCUGUCUACUCAUGCUCUGCACGUGCUUGCUGAGGUGAAUGACAAUGGGCUUCUGUGCUCGGCUGUGCUCUCUCCACUAUCAUACUCUACAGCUCUGCUCUCCAUUCUCCAGCCUGUAAUUGCUCAGUCUAACCAGCGACUGACCACUGAAGUCAUUACCCCUGCCUCGGCUGAAACCUCUGCUGACCUUCCAGACAUUGUGAACAGUGUUCUGGGAGUAGUGUAUGACAUCAUGAAGCAGGAUGGUGAUAGUGUUAAUGACCAGUUAAAGGAGAAUCCCAUUCCUGAGUGGGCUCAGCAGGAAUUCAGCCACAGUCCACCAGCAACAAACAUGUUGGAGACUUGGUUCCCUCAGUCGGACUAUUCGGGAGUGAGCUCUCAUUUAAUGGAGUCCAUGAGGUUGCUACAUGCAGUACCGGAGGAGAGAGAAGAGGAGAACUUACCUGCACUGCAGCAGGAACUACUUAGUGGUCUGGCUGAAAUAUACCAAUCAUCCCAGGACUCAGAAAAGAGGGGAAGGAAAUGUGGCGCCCACCGCACACCAGUGAAACAGAAGAUGAAGACCAUGAGUCGUUCCUUGCAGAUGCUAAAUGUGGCACGCUUGAAUGUAAAAGCCCAAAAGAACCAGGCUGAGUCUGAGCAGGUUGGAACUGAGGGUAGGGAAGCAGACAGAACAGGGAAGAGACGGUCAAGUGACAGGAACAAACCUGGAGUAGCAAACGUGAUCAGUUUUAAAAGUGAGUCAGAGCUGCUGUCCCAUCUGAAGUCCAGUUACGAGAAGUUUAUGGCAGAGAGAGAGGAGUCUGUCUUUAUGGGUGUUCAGCAGCUUGUUUCCUCUGUAAAGGCCUUCCUUGCAGCAGAAUCAGAUUGGGAGGCAAAGACCUCCUUGCUUGUUCAACAGCAUCUCCUCAAGACCAGCAAGUCAAUCAGACAGCUCUAUGGAAUGGCUGCUGAUGUUGAUAGUAAAGUCAGGGAGUGCCAGCUGCAAGUGGUGUUAAGGCUGGAGCUGUGCAGACUUUUCUCCACGGAGCAGUCAGACUCACUGGAUGUUGAUCAGAUGGCAGAGGAGGUGGCUGAAAUGCUUCGAAUAAUCUCCCUGACCAGAGACCCAGUUUUCCUAACGAGGUUCCUUCAAGAUGAGGUCCUGCCAGGGUUCCUGACCGCAAUCCCCAGAGUGCUUGCAGAAAUCUACCACAGUCUGGGCACACAGCUCCCUGAAGUUUUGCUGGCAGUCUUGCCUCCAGACUUCUUCAGUGAUGACUCGGUAGCCAAGGACAGCAUUUCUCCUUCAGCCUCUUCACUUUCCCUGUCUGCACAGUGCCUGGUUUCAGAUGACAAAGAUGGACUACAGGACCUGCGGAACCGCUCAGGCAACAAAAGGAGGAGUGGGAUGCUAACUCGCCAUCGCAGCAUGACGGAAUCAUCACAGAGUCUUCGGCAAAUAGAGAUCCCCAAAAAGGCUACAAGAGCUUCCAAAUCAAAGGGUCGUGUAUCUUUGGAUAAACCGGUUGAGGAACCACAUCCCCCAAAACAAGAAACACAAGAGGUGACCAAGGUGAGAAGAAACCUCUUCAACCAAGAGAUUGUUUCCCCUUCAAAGAAAGCCAAGCUACAAAGGAGCCGCUCUGUGUCUGCUGUGGAAGGAGUGAAACGCAAGCGAUCCCAUGAACCUGAAGAGAGGCACAGGCUUCUUACCAAAAAAGUGUGUGAGACUCCGCUCCACAAGCAAGUGUCUAGUCGUCUACUACACAGGCAGAAAAUUGGAAGAAAACCUGUCCUAACUGAGGAGUGCAUUGUGGAAGAAUCACCAGUGAAACCUUUAGAAGAUCUAAGAAGAAGCCCAAGAAUAAAGUUCGCUCGAAGACACUCAAGCACUUUCUAUUCAAGUUCUCAGCCUCGUUCCCGCAACCUGGACCAGGCUCUCUCUGCAUCCCAGCUUAGUCUGAGUGAUGGCAAAAUAUGUGGGGUUAAUGUAAAAACAGUUCGGUCUCCCAUGCGUCUUCUUUUUGGGGCUGCUGAGUCUCCCAGUCAUUCUAACCAGUCAGGUGCAACCAGGCCCAGCAGGUCACGGCUAUCCACAGACUCGAGCGUCUUUGAGACUCCAGACAAAACCACAAAAUCACCCAACAAACAAGGGAGGGCCAGUAUUGCAAACACGACUCCAAAAACACCUAGGACUCCUCGGACCCCUAAAUCCCCCAAGACCCCACCUUCAACCAGGACACAUAUUUUGUCAGUUGCAGAGAGUCCUGUGGUAGCUAGCACUAGUGGACUUGGUAUGUCUCUGAGGGGCACUCCUUUCAGAUCUCCAGCCAAAAAGCCUUUUGUUCCAGAGACACCUACAAAGCAAAGCCCCAUGAGGAGCCCUCUAAAGGGUAUUCUCAGGACUCCAGUCAAGGCUUUGAUCGAAGGAUGCACCUCUUCUGAUUUACAUCUGAUCCAUAGCCCAAUUUCCAGGACUCCCAGGAAGAGUGUCACGUGGUCUCCCUCUCCACAGAAAUGUAGGAUAGUUGAGAAGAGUGCUAAUUUUAAAGUGCCACAGUCACCAAGUAUUACAUCUCACAGUUCUCUGAGACUGGUGACAUCCAGUAAGUUCAGCAGUCCUGUCAAAAGCACAAACACUAAAAGAGACAUUUUCAAGACCCCAGAAAAGACGUGUCAGGUACACCUAGUAAGAGUAUCAGAACAUGCGCAUAGUAGCUGUUUGACUCCAGAACAUAAUCAAGGGUCUUCUGUAAAACCUCACUCCAGUUUUAAAACACCAGGAAAAGGUGAUGCUGUUCUGGUUGAGCCUCAAGCUAAAACCACACCCCCACCAGAACACCACCUUUCCACUCACCCGGACACUACAAGUCAAAAUAAAACGCCUAGUCCAACUCACCAAAUGGUUACUCGUUCUGGGCGAACUCCAGGUAAAAGUUCAAACACUGCUUCCCCAUAUAAUCCUGAAGUUUCACCACUUUUAGAUGCCACUCUUUCAGAUGGCUCAGAUGCCUCACCAAAGUCUCCAGCAAAGCUCUUAACAAGAAAGUCUGGUCAAGGGGGUAAAACAGCUACACGUGUGUUAAGGUCCCAGUCUAAUGAGAGUUCGCAGUCAGACCCAAAGGAAGAAGCGCAGAGUAAGGCCUCGCAGUCCACUGCAAGUGACGCUAGUUCUCAUACCGAUUCUCAGCAAUUUGAAUCUUCUCAUGGUACCUCUGGAACCACAGAUGAUGAUAGCAUUGACAUAGUUGAUGCAGCCAUUGUAAAAACAGAGUUUAGCGGAGGUCUCAAGAUGAACAUUAGCUUUACACGGAAGCCUUCACUGUCAAGUGAAGACUUUGUGUCAAACACUGUCUCUGCUAAACCACUUGUGCCAUCCCAUAACACACCAAGCCGGAGUUACGGCUUCCGUCAGACACCUGAUCGUCAGCAGAGGGAGGCUGCUGCUCGUUUAGGAUACGGAAAUGAUUCACCUCGAUUUUCAACCCCUAGAGGCUCAGCAAGACAUGGCCGCCAAAAGGGCACAGGUACGCCAAAUCCUCUUACCUACCAAGUAGAACUGGAAAUGCAAAAAUCAGGACUUCCCAAGCUAAAAAUUAAACGCACAGAUUCCAUGAAUGCAGGAGAGUUUGUCUCAGAUGGAAGUCCUCGAUCAGGAGCGCAAAGCCCUGUAGUAGGUGUGAAACCUCAGUUUGAAAGCCCCUUGGCCUUAUUUUCUAAAUACCGAGAUCCCGGAUGCAUGUCGCCAUCGGUCUGUGCUCAUGUAACCCCAGCCAAGAGCACACCCGGGAAAGGUGGAAGCGUCCAGACUUACAUCUGCCAGUCUUACACACCUACGCACCAUCCCACCUUGUCACCAGUAACUGCAGAGACUGUCCCCCUGACUCCUUCACCUCAAAGUGCUGGUAAAGUGACCCCAGAAAACCUCAACAGCUGGCCUCGCAGGAAAAGAGCUCAGAUUAGUGUGUUAGGAGGCAAAGAUCGUGGCCUGAAGGGGGAGCCUCAGCUUGAGGAGCUCCUGGAGGAGGCUGAACUUGGAGUUAGUAGGUUGCAGGACAUUGAGGAUACAGAUGAGCCUUUGGACAACAAAGCUAAAUCAUUUGCUCUGACUUCCAAACAAUCCCCUCCAGUUGGAUCAGAUGCGUCUCCUCUUUCUCCAAUGGAAGAGUUGUACUGGAUGGAAAAGCUGGCUGAGUGCACGGACUCUCACAAGGCUGAAAACGAAACCGCCUGGGCAUCUCAAAAUGAAGAUGGCAUAUCAACAAUGACUCCUCCCAGUUCAAAGGUGCGAAAGCCAGUUUCUGCCAGUGGUAUUUUGGCCCUUACCCAGUCCCCAUUGUUGUUCAAGGGCAAAACAGGUUCUGCCAGUAAGAGAACACCAAAUUUUAGAGAAGAAGCUGCAUCACAGAGGACAGAAAUUGAUGGAGUGGACCUGUCUCCCUUCAGCCAACCAAAGAAACGCUCAAACACAGGAAAGACCUACAGCAGGAAGAGACUAAUUCACUGAGUUACAAAGUAAAGUGGCCAACAAAGCAGAAAGUUUGUCCAUUCUGUGCUUAACUGUGAAGCUGAGCCUUUUGAUGACAGAUCUGAAACAUGUCUUUAAAGCACCACUUGAAAAUGUUUUUGGGGGGGUUUUUUACAUGAAACAACGUCCCAUUCAAUCAGCUCUCGACACUUUUGAUCCGGACAUUUUCUCUUCCAACCCGUGGGAUAGGUUAAGACUUUGGUUUCAAACUGAACUGAAAGUUAUUCUUUUUCUGUUCCUUUAGUCAUUUUAAAAUACCCACUUGGGUGUUUCUGAAGCUAAAACCUAGAAAACAGGUUUACAUUGCAUGUCAUUGUUCAAAAUGCGUAAUUAAUUAUUUUAUAAUCAAUUCAGAGCUUUUAAUUUGUUGUUGUAAAUAUGUUCUUGUAUAUUUAUUAGUUUGUUGUAUACUUUUUUUAAAUAAAAGGAACAAUUUUAACAGUUUGUAAAUAAGUUGCUAAAGUCUUGUAAAUAAAUAUUAAUUUUCUUAAUGAUUUG